UUGCGCAAUUUUUCUUGAAUGUUAUAAGUAGGAGGCAUUCUGCAAGAUUUGCCAAAUUUGUUUACGUUAUGGAGAAAGGUUUGCUGUUGUGCUUCACGAUUUGUGCCGUUGCGUCAUUGGAUCUGCCGCCGUAUUUUCCACAAUGCAAACGCUCAGAUCCGAAUCUAAACGAGUGCGUGAAGAACGGCUUCAAUGGCAUCGUUCCGAAGCUCGUGAAUGGUCUGCCGGAAUUGGGGAUUAAGCACGUUUUACCGCUCAAAAUAGCCCAGCUCUCUAUUGAGGAGGGUAGUGGACACGUGAAGGUGACUCAGCAUUACCAGAACGUGGACAUUCUGAGCUGUGAGAACAUACAAGCGGAGAGCGUUGAGGCGACCUUCGGGGACGAUAGCUUCAGAAUGGUUUUGAAGGCGUUCAGCCCCAACAUUACGUUGUACGCCGAUUACGAUUUUGAUGGGUUCAUGCUUUUUCUGCCGAUGAAGGGCGAAGGGAAAGCCACACUCACGAUCAAGCAGGUCACCAUAGGAGCGGAUAUUGUUGGAGAGGUGGUAACGACCAAUGGGCAGAAGUACGCCCAAGUAAACACAUUUAACAUCACUCUAGACCCCAAGGACGCCUAUUAUGAGUUUACCAACCUUUUUGAUGGGGACGAAACCUUGGGACGCGAGCUGAACCAUAUAAUGAACGCGCAAUGGGACGCUCUCUUCCAUGACGUCAAACACGGCUACGAGGAGGCGCUGAGCGAGGUCUCCAAAAGUGCCACAAAUCAAAUUUUUGCAAAGGUGCCUUAUGACAUUCUGUGUCCAAUAGCUGUAGAAGGCCUCAAAGUUGGAAAAUGCGAAAAACCACCUUUUCGAGAGCGACCCUCCGGGUCGCGCCGUUUCCAAAUUCGAAUUUUCCCCGGAAUGCUACCGCCGCACGAUCACGCUCCUUCGCGUCCCCCGCGAUCUCCCGAAAACCGCAUGGGGAAAUUCGGUAACGUUUUCGACUACCCCGACGGGUGCCGCGGGAAUUUUCUUAAUCCCACCGAAAGUCGCGCCGACUAUCUAAACUCCCUGAACCGGCGUCCCGACGUCCUAACCCCGACCGUACGGAAACGGCGAAUUUUUAUCGGCGUCCGCGCACCUCGACGACGAUGCUCCCCAGCCGCUCAGGAGAAUUUCCCAGGUCCCAAACUCUCAGAAUCGAUCCGAAAUCGUCUCAAAAAGUGCAAUUUACGUAACUUGUUCAAUUACAUAAUUAACGUAUAUAAAAUGGAAAAGUGCAAGAAAUGCAAUGAAGUAGGUACAAUGAUCGCAAAGAGUCUAUUGAUUUACCUCAGCAUUACAUGCGCCUCAACGCUGAAGCUACCUGACCAACUUCCGAAAUGCAAGCGCAACGAUCCCAAGCUGAACGAGUGCAUCAAAUCCUCUUACGGCCCAUGGUUGGCUGCACUAUCGAAAGGUCUACCCCAAUUUAAGGCCGCCCCAAUCGAGCCAAUGAGAAUCAAGAGCAUGUCGAUAGGUGAGGGCUCAGGUCCGGUGAGACUGGUGCAAAAUUACAAGGACGUGAGCUACCACCAUCUAGACCUGACGACGGUCACGAGCGUAGAGGCGACCAUUACGGAUACCGAACUGAAGGUUCUUCUGGAGAUCUUCUCGAAGAACUUCACGUUCUUGGCCAAUUACAGCUUUGAGGGAAAUUUGAUGGGAGUUCCAAUUAGUUCUAAUGGGAAAUCCAAGAUAGUCAUUGGAGACGUCAAACUCCCCCUCGACUUGAUCGGGAAUAUAAACGAAACAGAUGGUGAGAAGUACGUUCAAAUUCAAACGGUGAAGGUUGCUUUAAAUCCUGCCACCGUCAAACUUGGAUUUGAAAACUUUGUUGAUGGAGAUGAGGAGAGGGGGGCGAUCAUGAACAAACUGCUCGAUGACAAUGCAAUGGAGAUUUUUAAUGAUGUUAAAAGGGGAUAUGAAGAGAGCGUUGAGGUAGUUCUGAAGCAGACUCUAAACAAUGUACUCUCAAAAGUGCCAGUUAAAGACUUAUUUUUAGAGUGAAGAGGAGUUCGGCAUAACUUCGUCUCAGUUACAUGUUCUUACAUAAUAGAUGCAAAAUAAGCUGAAA